AUGUCUGACAGCACAUCCUCGACGCGGGUCCUUCACGACAAGGAAAAGAAGGCUGAUGUUAUUACCCCAAAAACCGAGUGGGCUUCGCUAUGGAUUUCCGGGAUCAUCCAAUUUUUCUGCGCCAUCCAAUUUACGAUCUAUUUUUCUUCGCUAUGGCCGUAUUUACAACAACUUGAUCCCGCCUCGACUGAAUCUCAAUUCGGGCAUAUCACUGCCAUUUACAGCCUCGGCCAGGGCUCCUCCCUGAUGGUGUACGGUAUCUGGAGCAAGAAAGCGCAGAAUACAAGUCUUCCUGUGCUAACAGGAAUAUUCAUGAUGGCGCUCGGAAAUGCGGUGUAUCUGUUGAUACCAAUUUUUGGGAUUCAGCCUUAUGCUGGGAUGAUGGCAUCCAGAUUGAUUAUGGGUUUGGGAGCUGGUAUCAUUUCCCCGCUUCGCGCCUACGCAAUCCAGGCCAGUACUAAGGACGAUCGAUCGAGGGCUAUAUCGCUAAAUACGGGCGGUUUUUGCCUGGGAUUGCUGGCGGGCCCAGCUCUUCAAAUCCUGUUCACCCCGCUCGGCUACCCGGGAAUUCGGCUAUUCUGGAAUUUCUCGGCCAAUAUCUAUACCGGGCCGGCUAUCAUGGGAAUUCUUGUGAAUCUAUUUUCCGCCGAGCAUGAGCGGUUUUUCGCGCUUCCAAAGUAUGACAUUAUUGGUGCUCUCAUUUGCAUAUUUUCACGAUUCGUUCAAAUGUUUGUGAUCACGAAUCUGGAGACAAUCGGCUCUCCUCUCACAAUGACCGUAUUUGCUUGGACUCGUGAAAAAGCCGUCUACUACAACUCGAUGAUGCACAUCGGUUUCGGGCUGAUCGGACUUGUCUACUAUGGAGCGAAUACAAUUUGGGACUUUAGCAAGCACCUGAAUCAUCGGCUCUGGACAAUCUAUGGAGUGCUACUCGUGACGUUGUUCCACUUACUUACCUAUCCUUGGUGGUUCUUGCCCGGAAGCAUUCAAUAUCAGAAGGAAUACGACCUAGUUAAUGGAACUCUUGUCAAAAUCACGGAGCCAGUGGGAUGCCGUCCAACCUUUGAUUGGUGCGCCACCACUCCACCUAUAAAUGUUUACGUCUACGUUUUUUCCUACAUAUUCCUAAUUGGGCUGGCAUUUCCCAUCAUUAAUGUGACGAUGACGGUUGUAUAUUCGGAUGUUAUCGGACCUAGGGAUCAGGGCACCAUGCAAGGAAUUAUACUACUAGCUGGUAGUAUGGCGCGGUUGAUGGGCCCGCUUUUCGUUGCAAGCUUUUUCGAGUCCUCAGGCAUGAAACUGCCCUGGAUUAUUGAGAUUGCCAUGUCUAUCGGAUGCGCAAUGUUAUGGAUAAUUUACUACAAACGAAUGGUCCCCCUGAAACACGGAAACGAGCUGAAAGCCGGCGACCAUUAUAAAAAUAAAUUCGGCAAGGUGGAACGGUUU